AAAGUAAAAGUUGUCUUCCAUGGAGAGAUAAGGAGACGGGGAACGUGGGAGGAAUCGAUUCCUUCACACCCACCCCCCACAUCUGUCACUGAUUAAUUAUUUCCCCGUUCUACCCCUCUUGCUCUCCCAUACCCAUGGCUCCUUCACCAUAUUUGCUUUCCUUCUUCUUCUUCUUCUUCACCGCGGUUUCUUUCUUCUCUCCACUUCUACAUGCGGCAAAGUUGCCAUUUUGCCCCCGGGACGUUCUCCCUCUGCUGCCCAGGCAAGUCUCGUGGCCUAUCCUCAACUCGCUCCAUAGCCCAGUGGACCUUCUGCCCUCUUUCGUGGGCGCUGCUUCGUCCCCAAACGACACUCUGGAGUGGAAGGGCGCGUGCUUCUACGAGAACAGGGCUUGGAUCGAGUUCCACAACAAGAGCGGCUCUGAAUUUGGCGGUGGAAUCCUUCACAUCAAGGUAAGCAAUGCUCAUAGUUGGACAUGCAUGGAUCUUUAUGUCUUUGCAACUCCAUACCGUGUGACGUGGGAUUACUAUUUUUUAUCUCGGGAGCAUACAUAUGAGUUUAAAGAGUGGCAAGGAAAAGCUGAGUUCGAAUAUGUGAAAAACAGGGGAGUCUCUAUCUUCCUCAUGCAAGCAGGGAUGCUGGGAACUCUUCAAGCAUUAUGGGAUGUCUUCCCCUUAUUUACAAAUACUGGAUGGGGUGAGAACUCUAACAUUGGAUUUCUCAAGAAACACAUGGGGGCAUCUUUUGAGCAACGUCCUCAACCCUGGGUGACAAACAUCAGUGUUGAUGAUAUUAACUCUGGCGAUUUCCUUGCGAUAUCCAAAAUUCGUGGCCGAUGGGGUGGUUUUGAGACUCUGGAGAAGUGGGUCAGUGGAGCAUAUGCUGGUCAUUCUGCUGUUUGCUUAAAGGAUUCUGAAGGAAAGUUAUGGGUUGGUGAAUCAGGCCAUGAAAAUGAAAAGGGAGAAGAUGUAAUUGCCAUGUUACCAUGGGAUGAGUGGUGGGAUUUUGAGCUGAAUAAAGAUGAUUCCAAUCCCCAUAUUGCUUUGCUUCCGCUGCAUCCUGAUAUAAGAGCAAAGUUCAACGAGACUGCUGCAUGGGAGUAUGCUCAGAGCAUGGAUGGCAAACCAUAUGGUUAUCAUAAUAUGAUAUUUAGUUGGAUAGACACUAUAGACAGGAACUAUCCACCUCCGUUGGAUGCUCACCUGGUUGCUUCUGUAAUGACAGUUUGGAAUCAAAUACAGCCUGAAUAUGCUGCUAACAUGUGGAAUGAAGCCUUGAACAAACGACUUGGAACUCAGGGUCUUAGUCUUCCUGAUAUUCUUGUAGAAGUUGAAAAGCGUGGGUCGUCUUUUGAUGAAUUGCUGACUAUACCCGAACAAGACGACUGGCUUUACGCUGAUGGGAAGUCAACAUCAUGUGUUGCUUUCAUUCUUGAAAUGUAUAAGGAGGCAGGGUUGUUCGAUCCAAUUGCCAGCUAUAUUCAAGUCACCGAGUUCACAAUAAAGGAUGCUUAUAACCUCAAGUUUUUUGAGAGUAAUUCAAGCCGGCUGCCAAAAUGGUGCAAUGAUGGGGACAAUGUGAAGCUCCCUUUUUGUCAGAUUCGAGGGAAGUAUCGAAUGGAAUUACCUGGAUACAAUUCCAUGGAAGCAUACCCGCAUAUGAACGAAAGAUGUCCAUCUCUGCCUCCUAAAUACUCAAGGCCACAGAAUUGUUAAGUCAUUUUUUCUUUUACUCUGGAAAUUUUAUACACGACGAUGAUAGCAUGCCAGGCUCCUUCACUGGUAGGUCUACUGUAUAGUAUUGUUUGAUACAAUGGUAUAAACUGAUCCAAAUGUGAAGGAUGUUUUUUUUUUUCCUUUUUAAUCUCAGUUGUAAAUAUGGUGAUCAGACGGUACAAAAAGAAAACCGUGUCCAACUUUUUCCCCUUUUAAUCAGCAAUAUCAACUAUUGAAUUGUUGUACAA